CCGGCGAAGCAGGUGACCCUCCCCCUGAAAUCCAGAGAAACCCGUGGUACUACUUCGCAGCCAGAAAGGACAGCUGGAUAGAUGAAGCUGGACGACAAGCAGAAGCGACUGGGCCACGAGCCCCCCAAGUACCUCAACGAGGACUUCUUCAAGGCGGCGCUGGAGGACGGACUGCGGGACAUGCGGGUGGACAUCAAGAAGAUCAUCUUCUCCGAGUCGAGUGGCGGCGGCGGUGAGAACUACUGCAGUAAAAUCUAUAGGGCCAAGGCCCUCUAUCGCAGCAGCAAACGGCAGCUGGACGAGGAGCUGGCCCUGAUCGUCAAGAGCAUUGCCAUCACGCCGGCCACCCAGUUCCUCGAGGAGCUGGCCGUGUAUCUGCGCGAGAAGAUCUUCUACUUCGACGUCCUCGGCAAACUGGAGGUCUUGAUCGGCGACGGCUCCAAGUUCGGAGCCAAGUGCCUCUACACAACCCGCGAGCCCAUUCAGACGAUCGUCUUCGACGACCUCACCCAGUACGGCUACAAGUUGGCCAGCAGGCAGAGCGGGCUCAACGAGGAGCACUGCGUGGUCAUCCUCAAGAAGCUGGGCAAGUUCCACGCCAGCUCCAUGGUGCUGGCCGAGAAGGAACCCAGUGUCCGCGAGCACUUCACCACCGGAAUGCUGGACGAGAACUACAUCCGAACCAACGAGCGGUUCAUCAACUUCAUGACCCUGCAGUGCCGGACUUUGGCCAACGUCGUCUCCAAGUGGCCCGGAUACGAGUUGCUGGCCCAGAAGCUGCACCACCACUGCGACAACAUCAAGGAGAACCUUGUGACCACCGGACGGCCGCUGCCCGGAGAGAUCACUGUACUGAAUCACGGCGACCUGUGGGUGAACAACUUCAUGUACAAAUACGACGACGAGCAGCCCACGCAGCCCAUCGAUGCCAUCUUCGUGGAUUUCCAAAACAGCUUCUUCGGCAGCCCUGGCUGCGACAUCAACUUCUUCCUGAACAGCAGCGUCCAGCUGGACGUGCUGAUCCACCGGCGCGAGUUCCUCAUCCAGACGUACUACGCCUCCCUGAGGGACAGCCUGGAGCGGAUGCACUCGGCGUUCGUGCCCAGCUACGCGGACAUUCAGCAGGAGAUCCGGGCCAGAGAGCUGUACGGCUUCUUCUCGUCCUACGCCUUCCUGCCGAUGGUGACCAUGAGGAAGGAGGACUCGUUCGACAUCAGCAUCGAGGCGCUGUCGGACCAGGACUUCGCCAAGAAGAAGGUCCAGCUGAUGUUCUCCUCCAAUCCCCGCACCACGGACACCUUGCGCUACGCCCUGCGCCGCUUCGAUGAGCUGGGCAUAUUCGAUUGAUUUGUGGCGUGGGAUCAUGGCACCGAUCCCCACGGAUCCCCAGAUCCUUAAUCCUUUAAUCCUUAGGCUAAUCGCGAAUUUUGCUACUUUUACCAAUGGUUUUUUUUUGUUUUUGUUUGUAAACAGUACGUAGAGUUAAGCGCAUUCUAUAGAUUAAGCAUUAUAUCUACUCAUAAAUAAUAAAAA